CAGGCAUAUUGCAUAUCCCAAUACAUGGAGCCAGAUGCAAGUUUCCUCAGGGUGAUAGCAGCAUUGAGUGCAAGGGGUGAUCUGCAGUUCAAGGUCUCCAUGGGAAGGAGGCAUCCGCAAAAAGUUCUGAAAGGCUCUUGGAUCUUCGUUACGCAUCUCGACCAUGAGACAGUAACCCUAGCUGAGGUCUCCUCGAAAUCCAGUCCAUGAUGUUGGAACACAAAGAUGAGAGCAUCGUGGCGUUGAAGAAAUGAGCGAGUGGUUCCAGCACUUCGACAAGAAUGACGACAAAAAGCUGGACAAAGACGAAUUAAAGCGGGUGUUUCACGCACUCUGCUGGGUGGUCACGGACGAGGAAUUCGAGAAAAUAUUCGCGACAGCUGAUCUAGAUGCCAACGGUUACAUUGAUUAUGACGAAUAUUUACAUCUCUUGAGCACGUUUCGGAAAGACCCAGCGACGGAACGCCUUGAACUUAUAGAAGCAUUCAGACAUUUUGACAAGGACCGAAGUGGCACCAUAGAGAAAUCGGAACUGAGACGAUUUCUUCUGAGCAAGGACAUGGCAUUCAAUUCCGGCGAUCAUAGGCUUCUGGAUAAACUGUUGUCAAAGGUGGACACAAACGGAGACGGAAAGAUUGAUAUUGAAGAAUUCGUCACUAUGAUGAUGGAAAAACCCGAUAUGGCAAAGUUGAAGAAAUUUUGAACCAUUAAUUGUUAUAGAGAGACUAGCUGACAUAUUUUCGUGUUUAAAUUCGAUUAAACGUCGAGGAAAAUCUCAGAUGUCGGCGUACUUAUUAUUUUAAUUAAAUAACAAUCAAACACACAUUUGGAACACUUAACAUCAAGCGAGCACCUAGAAUACAUUUUAUCUGUAAGCGAAAGACGAUUGUUUCGCAAUUAAUUGAAUAAAGGGGGAUAUUUGAUAGAUACAAAUCUAUAACAUUUUGCAUCCCUUUUACAGACAUUUGGUAAAAAUAAAGUUGAUAUGUUUCUGAAAUGAGACCCUUAUCACAGAAACUUUACAAAAUUAAACGCGAUCAACGACAGGCGAAUGAAUAGUACAACAGCAAAACAGAAAAUAGGUAUUAUUGUAUAUAUUUCUUUGCAUUUAAUAAAAGAACAAUGCGACACACUUUUAAAUCCGACGGUAAAUCAUCAAACAACUCAAAAAAUUUAAUAGUGUGGAUCAUAAUAUACAAAGUUGUCGAAGCAUUUAAUAUUGUAAAUGUAAAUAAAGUGUUGAUGAAAAGUG